CGGCGUUUGGAGCCACGUAUGGAAGUCAUCCUCUCUUCCCCUGAUCCACGGUGAACACGAUUGGUUGUCCAGUUCCAGGGUCCGAAAAAAACAAACGGUUUUUUAUCCUCUAUUAUUGAUCGAAUAUGGCCAUGCUGCCCAAAUCGACCGUGGUGGUGCCUUUGUACAUCUAUCCAUUGGACUCUGAAACCUGGGCUCCACUCUACGCAGCCAUCGAGUCGAAUCCUAAUCUCGAGUUCCUUGUUAUUGUCAAUCCAAACAGUGGUCCUGGCGAAUCUCCCCUCCCCGACGCCAACUAUGCUCGAGAAGUUCCCCGGUUGAAUGGGUACCCCAACGUGUACACCGUAGGCUACAUCCGAAUCGACUACUGCAAGAAGCCCCACUCAGAGGCCUAUGCCGAGAUCGAGCAAUACGCGGGAUGGUCGGCCCAAUAUGACUCGACAAAGUUGGGAGUGCGAGGAAUCUUUGUCGACGAGACCCCUAACCAUUACUCGUCUGAUAGAGCCGAAUAUCUGAGCGAGCUAACUAAGUUCAUCAAGAAUACUCCAGGUAUUCUUGCCGAUCGCUUUGUGAUCCAUAACCCCGGCACCCCGCCAGACGUGGUGAUUAGUGAAUCCGCCGACAUGUUUUUCAUCAGUGAGGAGCCCUACCCGCGCUACCGAUCGGAUGAGGUCCAAAAGUGGCUGGGGCGAUUCAAAUACGACCGGAACCGCUCCGGUGUGAUGAUCAAUGAGGUCCCAUUGGAUGAUCUGGAGAAAUUGGUCCAUGAACUGCGCCACAGGGCUGCCUAUAUUUUUGUGACCGAAAUUGCUGGUGAUUUUUAUGAGCGCUUUGGUCCCCGCAGUUGGGAGGCCCUUAUGCAGGCUCUGCAGUAAAUCCUUGCAACGUGGGGCCAAUGGGCCAUAUGGCUAAUGGAUACUCCGUGGAGACUUUAGUUUGACUGGAUGAGGGGCU